UUGCCUCAUAUUUAACAGAAUAUCUCGGAACAUUUUCUAGAAAAAAAUAGAUCAGCAUGUUCAGAUAUACCAAAGCGAUCUGUAGAAAGAUCCCCAAAUCAAUUAUUACCGAAGGAUUGCGCAUGGAAGUAGAAGCAACUCCUUUUGACUAUAAAAAAGCUAUGCAACAACACAGCGCAUACGUAAGUGCAUUAAAAGACGCAGGUGUGCAAGUGACAGAGUUGGAAGCCGACGAAACCACCCCGGAUUGCGUCUUUGUAGAGGAUACUGCAGUUGUAGUGGGUGAAACUGUCCUAAUAACGAGACCUGGUGCUCCAUCAAGAGAACCAGAAUCUGCUGUCAUAAAAAGAUAUUUUGAAGAAAACGAAAUCAAAGAUCUCUUUGAAAUGAAAGCGCCUGCAUCACUGGACGGUGGCGAUGUCUUGUUCACUGGACACGAAUUUUUUGUUGGUUUAAGUAAACGGACAAACCAAGAAGGAGUGGAUAUGUUGCAAUCUACUUUUUCAAAAUACCCUGUCCAUGGAAUUCCAUUAUCUGGACACUUGCAUUUGAAAUCGUUCUUGUCCAUGAUUGACGAUGACGUCAUGGUGUGCGGCAGUAGUCAGCAUGCCUCAGAUGCUUUGAGGCAGGUCAUGGAAAAAACCAAGCAGGUAUACUCUGUGUUGCGUGUACCUGAUGACGCAGCAGGAAAUGCUGUCAUAGUUAAUGGUGUUCUCUUGUGUCGAAUAAAAGAGGAAUUCCCUGAUUCAUACAAAGUUUUUGAGAAAUUAACAAUCCGAAAAGUUGGAUUACAUGGAUCCGAGUUGAGCAAAUUGGACGGUGCGUUGACAUGCUGCUCCAUACUGUACUAGUCUAUCUCGGUCGAUACCGUACUUUUUGGCAACCGAAAUACAUUUAAUUUCUUCUUCUGAUAAUCCAUUGCAAUGCACGAAUGUUUGUUUUCACGAGGGUAAAAAUAAAAUUAAAAUAAAUGAAAUAAUAACUCAUUUUGAUUAUAUCCUUUUUUUAUAAAUAAAGCAACUCCAUUUUUGUUACUUUAUAGUCGCUAAGGUUUAAGGUUACCUUUCUACGUGAUUUUUAAUCUCGUUUUACCAGUCCAAUAUUUCUAUGAUUGACUGCAAAAUUUAAAAUCUGCGUAUUUUUCAUUAUUUAACUUGCUAUAUAAACUUAUAGGUAACUUAACUUUUGUACUGGUACUUAAGUUGCUAAGCAAAUGCUUUAAACUUAAAUCAAGGUAGCUUAGCAGAAAGUGAAAAAAUCCAAAAUUAUCAAAAAACCCACUAAAAUUUACAGGUGUAGACAAUAUUUGAUUUAAUGUCAAAUUUUUACCUGAAUAUCCACAAUCAUGAACAAAUUAUAAAGUACUCCUGCUUUUAGUUGUUUUAGAGUUGCGCAUUUUGAAUUUGUCUUACUUGUUCAAUUGUCAAUGCUCACUUGUCAAUAUUUAUUUGUCAAUGUUCACUUGUCAAUGUUCACAGCUGACUUAGGUUAGGAUUUACGGUUAUUCGGUUUAAUACGUAC